AUGAGCUACAAUUGGCUUCCAAAACUGUCUAAAGAUGGUAAUGAUAAAGAGAAACCAUAGGUAUCCAAUGAACUAAGUAAAAGAGUCCACUAUUCAUAUAGGAAAACUGUCUACUAAUGAUCUAAUGGAAGGAAUCUUUAUACUAUAUGAGGAAAUUAAGAGACUUAAUCGAUUAUAAGAGAUCCAAGGAUAGGGAAUUAAUUAUAAGGAAAAAUAUGAAACUUCACUCAAAUAAAUUCAAGAGUUAUCCGAUAAAAAUAAAGUAUUAUUAAUUUCUAAGUAGGAACUAGAAAAUGUAAAUUAAGAACUAAAAAAACUUAAUCAAGAACUAUACGAACCUCAUCAAGAACUAAAAAAACUUAAUGAAGAACUAUUUGUAAAAUAUAAGGAGUUGUUAUCUACCCAUGAUAAUUUAGUACAGCAUUUUGAGAGUAUCAUGAACUCGUACAAGGAUUCUACUACAAAAUAGUUCUAUCAAACUAUUGAGAGUAAGUAAUAGGUCUUAGAGAUAUGCAAAAAUAUAUAAAUACACAUAUAAUAUGAAUCGGACUAUUAAGAUGAAGUAAGAGGAAUAAAUUAAACUCUAAAUGAAAUCUAUAUUCAGUCGAAAGAAACAGUAGAUUAAAUCAAAAUUUUACAUAUAAUAGAUGAUCAAAUCAUUAAUAGAAAUUAACCUAAUGCUGUAUUGUAAUAACAGAAAUCUGAGAAAAUUAAUAAUAUAUUAUCAUAAGUGAAAGCUGUCAUAGCAAAAUCAGGCAGUUUGCUCGAACCGUUAAAUUGUAUUAAAGAGAGAUCAUCAGAUGAAAAUUAAAAAUAAUAGAUACUUCAAACAUUAUCGAUGUUAUAAUUAUAUUAAGUUUCGUUCGAGAAGUUGGCAUAAGUUUUUAAAGACUUUACUCCUUAAAUGGAAAAAUAAGAAAAAUUGGUUGAAUAUUAUAAAGAAUAAUUAAGGAAAAAAUAAAAGGAUAGCGCAAAUUACUAAAUUUAAAUGGAAAAUUAUAAAAGGAAAUACGAAAAGAUCACGUAAAGUAGAAGAUAAAACUAGUUAAAUUAAUCAGGUAAUUUUACAAUAAAUUUUAGAAAACUAAAACAGGUUUAUAAAAUAAUAUUUCUAGAUUUAUCAAGAAUACUUUACAUUAAUUCUAGAUAUGAUUGAGAUUCAGAAUGUUUAAAUUCCUGAAAUAGUAGUAGCAAUAAAUUCAUGGAAAUAAGAAUUGAAAAUAGAAUUUACUGAUCUUAAAUCGCUAAUUGAACUUGCAAAGAAGUAGAAUAGAAGUGUAAUGUAGCUUGCUAAUUAUAUAACAUAAGGAAAUAAGCUAAAAGACAUUUUAUGUUCCUAAAGUAAUUUUUUUAAAACCUAUUCAAAAAUCUUGGAUCAACUUUCUCAAAGUUGA